UCCAAGGCUCCAAGCAUUCCACGUAAACCACCUGUGCGGCUGUGCCACGACGAACACCCAAACCCUAAACCCCUAGCCGCCAACGCCAUGGGCUCGCCUUCAGUCCCAAAUCCACCCGUCUGCUACGCCCUGUUGCGUGCACCAUGGAUCCCCGUUGCGGUGGCUAGCCGCCCCGCUCCUCCUCCUCGUCGUGGCCUCGUGUGCCUCCUCCUUGCCACGGCCUCCCCUGUCGCCCUCGUGUAACUAGACGCCCUUCUGCAAGCGCGAUCGGACUUGCGUCCCACCCUCGUCGGAAGAGCUUCUUGGUGAAGCCGACGUCACUGCACAUGGAGCAGACCGUGGUUGUGGCGACGGCGGUGUCGGCCAUGAUGGACAGAUAUGUGGCCCGGGGAAGCAAAAGACGCCGAGAGGGCGAGACAGGAUUGGUGAGGUUGACUGAAUCAUGCAUGAAACAUAGAGAGACAUGUAGAAUUUGUGGAUCAGUUCUUCCGUUUUUCUUGUGAUAGGAAUCACAAACUGUUCUCUAUUUGCCAGGUGAGAUAUGAGCUUGAACAAUUAUUAGAUGAUAACGACGACAUGGCUGAUCUUUAUUUGUCUAGAAAGUUGGCUGGGAACUGUUCUCUAUUUGCCAGGUGAGAGAUGUGCUUCCGUAAUUAUUAGAUGAUGACGACGACAUGGCUGAUCUUUAUUUGUCUAGAAAGUUGGCUGGAGCAUCUUCCCCUGUUAGUGGUUCCGGUGGACCAAAUUGGUUCUCUGCAUCCCAACUACUGGUUCAAAAAUAUCAAGACCAAAUUGGUUCCCUGAAUGUGCUUAUUAUGCUUUGCUUCUAUCUAUUUGAGUAGGAUACUUCUGAAUGUGCUGCUAAGCCUUUAAGAAUGAAAGCUUCGAUUUGAUUUCAUUAUGCAUUGUUGUCUACAGAGAUACUUAUUUUUGUUUAAGGGCACUUUCAACAGACUGAGCAAAAUAUUUUCUUAGCCCUUGUUAUUUGACUGUCGAAUAUCCCUUUUACAGACUGGUGGUCAACAUGUUGUUUGGGGCGUAUGGUUGCUGGUGGUAAGUCACAGCACCACACGCAUUGUACCAUUGCUGCUUGCAAUGGCUUUAAUAUUUUCUAGACAAAUAUUUAAUCGUUUGCAAGACACCGUUUGGACAGCCAGAGCUUGAUCACAUUUUUCAAUUCAACAAAUUGUUAGUUUCUGUUUUGUGUUUCAAGAAAUGGGGCUACUUGAGAUUAAACAUGGAGCCAUAUCGCAUGAUGUUACUCACGCCACCAUUCUUCUGCCUUUAUAGUUUUCUGCUCGUACCUUUCCUGUUGUUGUCAUAAUUUAUUUGCUCUGUCCUUUUCCUAUUACAAUCCCAAAGUUUUUGUGUUCUCUUGUUAUUUUAACAUAGUUGACCAAACUUCAAAAGUUUAAACUGAUGAGAAGACACUCUUUCGCUGAUAAAACUUUAAUACGUUUAGAUCUAGUACUAUUACAAACAAAAAAGACACAUUUUUUGAUUGGACAAAAAGACACAUUUAAAAGAAAACCAUCGUAAACAAAACCGAAAACAGACUAUGUAAAAGAAUCUCUCUUUUUUUUUAAAAGAGAGAGAGAGAGAGAGCCCGACACAUGGCCUAUAUUGGUUAUUGGAACAAUUGGAUCUAUACCAUUAAAAGAUCCAAACUUUAGAUAUAUACCAUGGACCCCACAUGUCAUUGACUCAGCUGGACCCACAUGUAAGUGAGAUAGUAAUGGUAUGAAUCCAAAGUGGUGAUCUUUUAAUGGUAUGGAUCCAAAUUUCCCUUGGUUAUUUGGGCAUCUCCACCCUUUCCGGGCCUGAUCUAGUACUAGUUCCGUAGAGGUUAGCCCAUGAAAAAGAGAGGCCCAAUUAACAACAACCCGGGCAACUCCUCCCGUCCGGCCAUUCCAUUCCCCAUAUUCCGCCGCAUCACAAUCUCACGUGUCCGUCGCCGGCGAUGGACCGGCAGCCGCCCACCGCCUCGCUCUCGGCGCACGAGUGGGAGCAGCUCCUCGACGAUUUCGCUUCCUCUUCGAACCCCUCUCGCCGCGACCGAUGGCUCCACCUCCCGCUCCUGGACCUCGCCGUCUCCUCGCUGCUCCGCCGCGACCUCCCCUCCCAUCUCAAGCCUCACCUCCUCUCCUUAGUAGACGACCACCUGCUCCCGCCCUCCUCGACCAGCCUCCCCGCCCUCCUUGCCUCCUUCCUCUCCUUCCCACCGGACCAUCCGCUCCGCGACCACCUUCUCGUCACCGUCGUCUCCGCCUUCGCCUCCGCCCUCGCCGCGCCCGUCUCCAGGGACCACGAGGCCCCGCACCUCGCCGCCCUCGUUGACGCGCUCCUCGUCACCGCCAACCGCCCCAACCACGCGCCCGACCGCGCCGCGCGCGCGCUCGCCUGCGACGCCCUGCGCGCCAUCGAAGCUGCGCUACCGGGUCUUCUUGCCGAGGUCCUCGGCCACCUCUACGCGCUCGCCGCCGCGGAGCGCUCGCCGGCCGCGCAGUCCUACCUCCUCCUGCUCGCCUCCGCCGCGCGCCACGCCGUGCGCCUCGGGAGGCUCGCCUCUAGCGCCUCCAUCCUGUCGGUAGCAGGCCCGCCCACCCCCUUCGCUGUACCCGCUCACCUGCUCUUGCCUCCCGCCGCCCCUGGCGCGUCCAUGGCGCCACCCUCGGAGGUGAACAUCAGGGACAUAAGGAAGGUGCUCGCUCUGCUUAUGGACCGGCCGCAGGUGCUCACGCCCGCAGCGGCCAUGGAGAUGAUGUCCAUCCUUGCCGAGGUCGCGUCGGCUGUGCUCCAGUGGGCGCCGGCGAUUGCAGCGCACAUUAAAGUGCAGUUCGGGGGGAUGGUGCAUUCGUCCAACGCCAUGCUGCUACACUCGCUGCUCACGCUCUUCCUCCAGUUCCCGGAUGCCUUUGGAGCUGAGGACGAGCGCACAAUGGCGCACCGCCUGGCUUUGGCUGCCUGUGAGGUGCACCGUCCACUCGCAGUGCGAUUGCUGGCUUUGCAUUGGCUACUCGGCUCUGGCAGGUUCAGAAAUCUGGUGCCUGGUCUCGCCCGAUGGUUUUACCCUGCCUUGUUCGAUCCCCUUGCGCUCAAGGCCAAGAAGCUGGAUUGUCUAGCUUAUGUUGCUGCUGGUGUUGAUGGGGAGAAGGUUGCAGCAGCAGGCAGAGCGAGCAAGCGAUUGACUGGGCUACUUGACGAUGGUUUGGUUUCCGUCUCCGCCUUCAGGUGGCUCCCAGCAUGGAGUACUGAGACAGGUGUGGCGUUCCGAGCGUUGCACAGUGUCUUGGUUGGUGCUUCUCCUCACAGAACUGACGGCACACGUUGCUCCGGGGCUGGUGAGCUCCUGAAUUCUACUAUGUUCCACCAUUUACAGGCUAUCUUGGUUGAUAUGGCAUCAGAGCAUCAGGGUUUAGUCCCAGUGAUUGCUGAUUUCACGAACCGUCUACUAGCAUGCAACUCACAUCGGUGGGCUGGGGAGCGAUUGCUCCGGACACUUGAUGAGAGUCUGCUUCCAAGGCUUCAGCCAGGCUAUCAGCUUGCUUCAUAUUACCCUAUUUUCGUGAAGAUUGCACAGAAUGAGACGGUACCUCAGCUCCGCCUAAUAGAAUUGCUCACCGAGCAGAUGGUUUCUCUCACCAAGAAGCAUGGACCGGACACAGAGCUGAAGUCAUGGUCUCAGGGAAGCAAAGUUGUGGGCAUUUGUCGUGUCAUGUUGAAGCAUCAUCACAGCUCUCAUAUCUUUCUUCCCCUUUCACACCUUCUUGUGCUCACUAUCGAGUCCUUCCCCGAUCUGGAGGUUCGGGACCAUGCCAGGAUUUGCUUGCGGAUGUUAUCUUGUGUUCCUGGGAAGAAACUGAGGCAUAUCAUGGGAGUUGGAGAACAACCGUCAGGUGUCACACCUUCUCAUCCUGAUUCUUUGUUUGACAUCCCAUCACCGUGUCCUGCUCUAGAUCUUAAGAGCAUGCCUGAUCUGGCGUCUUACAUUCAUCUUGAAAGGGUUGGGCCUUUAGUUGUGAAGCAAUCAUGGGCCCUCACAUUGCCUAAUUUCAGUGUCCAGAGCAGACCAUCUGGUUCCAUUCUAAGUAUACAGGACGUCAGCUCUGUUCCCUCAGAGCAAGAAAAUCCAACUGGACCUACAAUUGAGAGAAUUGGUUAUAGACAAGAAACCCUACGUGUGAUGGAUGCUAAAGGCGCUGAAACAUUGCAAAUUCUCAGAAGGUAUUUCGCGUGCAUUCCAGACUAUCUACACUCAUCUGGUUUCAAGAUACAGAUACAGUGCACUUUUAGAUUCGACACAGAGCCAUUUAACAAUGCGUGGGGGUUAGAUUUGCCAGUUUCAGAUUCUGAUGGGGCUGAUGAGUUGCCUGCCCUUUAUGCAGUGACAAUUACAUUUUCAUCAAGUGCACAGUUUGGGAAAAUUCCAUCAUGUCAUAUUCCUUUCAUUCUAGGGGAACCUCCAGGUUCUGGUAUGGACAUCGUUCCCGUAGAUAAUCAGAACAGGGAAGAAUCCGGUUACUGUGCUUCAGUGAUGAUAGAACUGGAACCUCGAGAGCCUUCACCUGGUCUUAUUGAUGUUUCAGUUGAAGCAAACACAGAGAACUGCCAUGUAUUAUCAGGGCCGCUUAAACCCAUUACAGUUGGCUUUGAGGACAUGUUUUUAAAGGCCAGCGUACCACCUGAUACUCCAAGAGAGGGUGUGGCUAUGUACUACCAGGAUCUGUUUCAAGCUUUGUGGCAGGCCUGUGAUAGCUCUACUAACACUGGUCGAGAAACUUUCCCUUUGAGUGGAGGGAAAGGGUCAGCUGCCAUUAACGGAACUCGGUCUGUUAAACUUUUGGAGGUAACUCCAAAGGUUUUGAUUGGAUCUGUUGAAAGAUAUCUGGCUUCCUUUGUUGUCAGUGUUUCUGGAGUUUCACUUGUAACCAUCCUGAGAGGAAACGGAAUCAUUAAGAACGUCAUGUGGGAAGAAAAUGUUGCAGAUGCCAGUGUAGGUGCUGACGCACUUGUUCCGUACUCACCGGACAGAAAUCUCCAGCUUCAGAUCAUAGAAGACGAUGAGAUUGGGGGUGGUGCUGAGAGGUAUGGCCAUGGAAGCAAGAGAGAGAUGGGUAUCAUGCGUGUUAUGAUAUUCCUACCACCCAGGUAUCACCUCCUGUUUCUGAUGGAGGUAGGCAGUGCCUCAACAUUGGUCAGGAUAAGGACCGAUCAUUGGCCAUGCCUUGCAUAUGUCGACGAAUACUUGGAAGCAUUGAUUUCUUAGAGACUUUCUGUGGUCAAUGGUGUGCAGUUUUUGUACCAAUGCUGUUCAGUUUUGUACCUUAUGUAACACUAGAGAGUGAACAUUGGGGGUUUACGCUUUUUGAGGCCUCUUUUCUCUCUACCAUUCAGAGUUGGGAGCCUGUAACUUCCGGUAGAGAGCAGUUUUGUUCACUGGUAUUAUCAAAAAUACACAAUUAUAUAUGCAGAAACUAAAUCCCCAUCGCA